AUGACAAGUCCUUAUGGUAGCACAUGGACGACACGAGCGAGUGCUGCAGAUAACGACUGGAAUGGUCUGACGUACGGUGAUGGGAUAUUCGUCGCUGUUGCCAGCACGGGCCUUGGCAACCGGGUCAUGACCAGUCCAGACGGCAUCGCGUGGGCUAGUCGACCGAGUGCUGCGGACAAUAAUUGGACUGCAGUGGCGUACGGUAAUGGAAUGUUCGUCGCGGUUGCCGCAUCUGGUAUUGGCGACCGUAUCAUGACGAGUCCUGACGGCAUAACUUGGACACUCAGAGGGAACGCCGUAGACAAUGAGUGGCGAAGCGUAACGUAUGGUGAUGGGACGUUCGUCGCUGUAGCGAGUACCGGCAUCGGGAACCGGGUUAUGACGAGUCCCGACGGCAUCCAGUGGACGAUUCAAACCAGCGCUGCCGACAAUUGGUGGUCUGCCGUCACGUAUGGCGACGGGACGUUUGUUGCUGUUGCGGCAACCGGCACUGGCGAUCGGCUCAUGACAAGUCCCGACGGGAUCACAUGGACGACUCAAACAAGUGCCCCAGACAUGGAUUGGCGCAGCGUGACGUAUGGGGAUGGGAUGUUCGUUGCCGUUGCGAGUACCGGUAUCGGCAACCGGGUCAUGACAAGUCCAGACAGCGUGACGUGGACAAGUCAAGCCAGUGCCAACGACAAUGACUGGCACUCCGUGACUUAUGGCAAUACGACAUUCGUUGCCGUGUCAAAAACUGGAAUCGGAAACCGGGUCAUGACCAGUGGUUAA